AUGGAUCCCAAAUUUUAUCAAAAAGUACUCAUGUUUAGUAUACUGCUAUCAAAUGCAAGUUUGACUCCAGUAAUUGAUAUGCAAAAUAAUGAUAACUUAAAUACAAAAGAAUCUAAAAUUAACUACAUAUCAUUAAAGUUAACACCAAAGAAUGCAGGUUAUGAAAGAAUGAACUCAACAGAUUCUAUUAAAAGUUCUGAUCAAAUAUCGUACUUUGGCUUUUGGAAUGAUCAUAAAUUUCACUUGAGAUGUAUUAAAUAUGGAGCUAUUCCAUUAUGUAUAGCUAUUAUUACGACUUCAUCUCUUGGAAUUUUCAUAAGUAUAAUGAUAAAUAUGCCAAUUUAUUAUUACGUAGUAUUUGUGUGUGAUAUUCUUUUUUCUUUACUUUUUUACUUCAAACUUUUUGAUUUGGCUUUAUCAAUAAAUUCUACAAGUUAA